CAUUCCCCGCUUAGGCCACUUACCACCGCCCUCGACAAACAACGAUUAGCAAUUGGACUCAGCCUGUCUUUUCUGCCACACGCAGCACAACUUGAUCUGGCUCCCACCUCGUAAGCCGGUUCAAGUCUCUGGCACUUGAUUGUCACAACUGAUCGCCGGUCCGUGUCAACCAAGAAUCACGACUUUAUAGGAUAGAAUUGAAGGCGGUCUGGUCUAUCUCUGCCGAUCUUGCAACUGAAUCCCUGACAGAAGCGCAGGUCAAAGGAACAAACAUGUCGGCUGCGGCAUCUCAGGAUUUCUCCUCGUCGAAUCCGAUGAAGAAGUAUAAGCUCGUCUUUCUUGGAGAACAGAGCGUGGGCAAGACCAGUCUUAUUACUCGAUUCAUGUACGACACUUUUGAUAAUACCUACCAGGCUACCAUCGGGAUCGAUUUCUUGAGCAAGACAAUGUACCUGGAUGACCGGACCGUCAGGCUGCAGUUGUGGGAUACGGCUGGCCAAGAACGAUUUCGAUCUCUCAUUCCCAGUUACAUCCGGGACAGCUCGGUGGCAGUGAUCGUGUAUGAUAUCACCAGCAGGGUGUCUUUCCAGAACACCAAUAAAUGGGUCGAGGAUGUCAGGAACGAGAGGGGACAAGAUGUCAUUAUCGUUUUGGUAGGAAACAAGACGGAUCUGAACGACAAGAGACAAGUGACAACAGAGACCCUCGAGACAAGAGCCAAAGAGCUCGGUGUCCUGUACAUGGAGACAUCCGCCAAGGCCGGACACAACGUGAAGAAUCUUUUCAAGAAGAUCGCCCUGGCUCUGCCAGGAGCCAACGCCGAGGGUGCAGGAGAGGGAACGACCACGAAGAUCGAUGUCGCCAGCUCUGCACAGCCCGAGGUACCGCAGGCAUCGGGAUGUUCGUGUUGAGCAGAGUUGUUAAGGGAGACAGAGUGAGAGCGCAGUGGUCUUUUCUGGUCAUCAGAAUCUGUUCGGGUUGUACGUUAUAUCAUUACACAUACAUUUGCCAUCUCGAGGUUGAGCUCAGGGGGACACGGAUCGCAAGCUCGCUGCUAGCUGGAAGACCAUAGACUCGUCGCGUACCGG